AUGGCCUACUUGGACAGAGUUCGAUUUGAAUCCGUCUACCCUAUACUGGUCCAGGACAUGCUGGAACAUGCCAAAGGAUACAACACCCCAAACGAAGGAAUCGAAUGGCUACGAAAGAAUUUGGAAUACAAUGUCCUUGGCGGAAAAUGUCUCCGUGGCAUGGCUGUCAUAAACACUUACGCUCACGUUCUAGGCCGUGAACCCACCAAAGAUGAGUACGAGCAGGCCGCCAAGCUGGGCUGGCUGAUCGAACUGCUUCAAGCAUCCCUCCUGGUCGCCGACGAUAUCGAGGAUGGCGACGAGUACCGUCGUGACCGGCCUUCGUGGCAUAUGGUGCCGGACGUGGGCAUGAUUGCUAUCAAUGAUGCCUGUCUUCUUAAGUGCACGUUGUACGUCCUGCUGCGCCAAUACUUUGGUCACCUACCUUACUACGCCAACCUGGUCGAACUCUUCCACGAGACCACCGUUCAAACGGAACUAGGUCAGAUGCUGGAUCUCAUCAGCGCCCGGCGCGACAAGGUGGAUCUGAGCAAGUUUACAGUGGCCAAAUGUGAGCGUAUCGCCGAGAGCAAGACUGCCUUUUACACUGUCUAUGCGCCCAUCCUUCUGGGUCUGUAUUUGGGAGGGGCUGCCACGCCCGAGACGAUCGAGCAAACCCGCAAGAUCGCUAUCCCCCUGGGCCGCGACUACCAGUACCACGACGAUUAUCUUGACUGCUUUGGAACGCUGCACUGUUUUGGCAAGGAAAUUGGCCGCGAUAUUAAGGAUGGAAAAUGCACGUGGCCUAUCACACAGGCGCUGGUACGGGCGAGUCCGGCGCAGUGGGCGAUUCUACAGGAUAACUACGGCCGUGACAAUCCCAUUAAGGUCAAGAAAGUCCUCAACGUUUUGACCGACCUCCAGAUUCCACGGAUUUACCAGGAGUAUGCGAAGACGGCACAUGCAACUGUGCAGGAAGAGAUCACGCAGAUAGGUAGCAUGGGUCUGAACAGGGGAAUUUUUGAUGAUUUGGUGGCAGUCAUGUAUGAGCGUCAGCGAUAG